ACAGCCAUGGCGGUGGCCGGAAGUUGCUGUUAAUACGGUUACGGCGAGCAGAAUCUGUUCGAGUACCGCUGCAGGCUUAAUGCCAAGCAAUGAGAUCCGUCAGUUACGUCGAGAGAGUGGCGCUGGACUUCACUGGAAACCUGUUCACACAGGCAAUCUGCCUGGGAGACACAGACAACGACGGGUUGAAUGAACUUGUAGUUGGGGAUACCAGUGGAAAACUAUAUGUAUACAAGAAUGAUGACUGCAAGCCAUGGAUUACUAGAUCUUGCAUUGGAAUGGUAACUUGUGUUGGUGUAGGAGACAUCUGCAACAAAGGAAAGAAUUUUGUUGUAGCUGUGGGUGCGGAGGGUUGGUUCCAUAUUUUUGACCUCAGCGGCAUAUCAACCAAGUCAGACACUUCUAGCCACCAUGACUGCCUAUUUAGUGAUGAACAGAAAGCAUUUUAUGCACAGCACAUCCCUGCUAACACCAAAGUGAUGCUCAUUAGUGAUAUCGAUGGAGAUGGAAAGUGUGAAAUGGUGGUAGGUUACACUGACCGUGUAGUGAGAGCAUUUCGUUGGGAGGACUCUUUGAUUGAUAGUUCUGGACACUUGGUACUGCUGAAAAAAUGGCUACUGGAAGGACAGGUAGACAGCCUUACUGUAAAUCCAGGACCUGAUGGGUCCCCGGAGCUGAUGGUCUCACAACCAGGAUGUGCAUAUGCUGUUCUACUUUGCACCUGGAAAUUGGAUAAAGAGAAAGCACCAAAAAGAAAUCCAUCUGGAGCAUCUAACAGUGAAGGCCUCAUUCGGGAUGUGAUUCUACACCAGACUUCAGGCCGGAUUCAUAAUAAGAAUGUUUCCACUCAUUUGAUUGGUAGCAUAAACAGAGGCUCUUGUGAUGAUGCAUCCAAGUCUGGCUUAUUUGCACUGUGCACAUUGGAUGGAACCCUAAAACUGAUGGAUGGGUCAGAUAAACUCUUGUGGUCUGUUCAAGUGGAUCAUCAGCUUUUUGCCUUGGAAAAGUUAGAUGUGACGGGUGAUGGACGAGAAGAAGUGGUGGCCUGUGCUUGGGAUGGCCAAACCUAUAUCAUUGACCAGAAUAGAUCUGUUGUUCGCUUUCAGUUUGACGAGAAUGUUAGCGCAUUUUGUGCUGGCAUGUACGCGUGCAAAAAUGGUCGGAAUAACCCUUGUUUGGUCUAUGUCAGCUUCAACCACAAAAUCUAUGUUUACUGGAAAGUGGAGCUGGAGAGAAUGGAAUCUACCAACAUUUUAAAGGUGCUGGAGACAGAUGAGUUCAGGAAACUAAUGCAAGCAAUAUCUAUUGAUGCAAGUAACAACAGUGCUGUCCAGGCAAUGCUACACCAGACGCUCUACUUUCCUGAUCAGCUUGACGACGUAGCCUUAAGGAGGAUAAGCAGCACAAAAAAUGAUGAGUUGGAACGGUAUACUAAACUGUAAGCUGUUCGAGGAAAAAAUAAAUUAAAUGAUUUUUAAUAAUAACAAAGUUUAUGAGUCACCAAAAUAGCUUCCACAUCAUGAACCUACAGUUAAACAGUUAUAAACUGUCUGAACAAAGGAGAAAGUGUUUGACUACUUAUUAAGUCAACAAUGCUCAUUCUCAUAUGUUUGUUCGUGUUGUAUGAUAUAAGCGAUCAUGGUCUUUCCAUGACCAUAAUAGUUCUUGACAAAUUUUUGUACAGAACUGGUUUGGGCAGUGUCUUUACAAGAUUAUUAAUACUCUUCAGAGAUUGUCUUGCCUGGCGUCAGUGGUCACAUAACUAGGACUUGUGUUAUGCACCAGCUGCUCAUACGAUGUUCCACCAUCUGCUCCCAUGGCUUCACAUGACCCUGAUUUUGGGGGGGGGGAGGGGGCUAACCAGGUGCUAAAUAUUGCCUGUGGGUCAUCUGCAGGCUGGCAGAGGGAAGAAGCGCUUUACACCUCCUUUGAUGGAGACAUAUCUCCACCCUGCCACCCAUAUGUAAUCAACAUACAACGAUAAAGCUAAUAUAAAAGAAUGUUUUAACAUAGUGUUGAAAAAUAAAAUUUUAUCCAGAAUUCUACGUGAGAUUACCUUUAUUAGUCAUCUGUAUCUACACUUGUGGACAAAUACCAAACAAAAAUAUUGCUUCCAUUGUGAAGAAUUGUAAAACUGAAGAAAAAUUUUGCUAUAGUUCACCAUAUCCCAAUUUAGGACAGUCUGUACUGUGUAUGAAGUUUGGCAUACCAAAAAUUACUUGAGUAAGGAAGAAUUAGAAGAGAAGACAGUAUAUCAAGGUAAUUGAAGUUAUUGAACAAUGUACUUAUUGGGAGAUGUAAAUAACUUAGAGAGCUAAAUUGACUUGCAAACACAGCAAGCUGAAGCUCAAAAGGUCUUGUUUGUGUCAAAGCAUGUAAAAUGCUAUUGGACCCAUGAUAUUGAUCCAGAGGUUCUUCAAAAAACUGGAAUGAGGCAUGAUUAUUUUAAUUAUAGUCAUUUUAUUUGAUGUCCAUAACAAUUAAAAAAAUACUACCCAAUUUACUCUACCGUGAGCAAAAGUGAAGGAGGAGAGCAAAGGUAAUGACAAAAGCAAAGAAGUCAUGCUUGUCUUACACUAAAAACAAACUCACUAGGGAGAUGAAACAAAUUUAUCUCAUCUAUCAAAUGAAUCAUGACAAAGGAUUUUGGCCCAAAACAUCGACUGUUUAUUCAUUUCUGUGCCUGACCUGCUGAGUUCCUCCAGCAUUUGGUGUGUGUUAUUUUGGAUUUCCAGCAUCAGCAGACUUUCUCUUGUUUAUGAUAAAUAAACCACAUUUAAGUGAUAAGUUAACUAUGAAAUAGCCAGAUUUACUGGUGAAACUUCCAGAAAAUUACAGAAUCAGCUUUACUACAAUUAAUUCACUGAACAAUUUUACACACAGGUGAUUACAUAAUUUUUUUUAGCAAACAUAGGAAAGUUAAGCUACAAGUAAAAUGAUAGUUUUACAUUAAUCCAACAAUGCCAAAAUCUUCUGG